AUGGGCGCCGGCAGCUCUAAGCCCGAAGGUUCGACUGGCUCGAAACAUGUUUUCACCAGCAACGCCCCCAUCCAAUUCUCCUCUAACCUCGUCGAGGCUCUCCAGACCAACACCGAGACCGACUCCUCCCGCGCCAAGAGCCUGGAACUGCAGAUCCAAGCGCGCGUAGCCCAGGAACUCGAGCGCCUCCGCGAACGCGAGCAGCAGACCCUCGCCGAAAUCGAAAAGCGCCUCGCGGAAGUCAAAGACAGCGCCCCCGCUCCUUCCUCCACAUCAACACCAAAUAUCACCUACCCCGCCGGCUCCCUGGACCUCGACGCGCCGCGUAUCCCCUUCGCGGGCCGCGAGUACGAGUCUACCCCUGCACCUACUGCUGCCGCCGACCAGCCUAUCAACCGCGAUCUCAGCCGGGAGUCGGUGAAUGCGGAGAUUGAGGAGCUGCGGGCUAAGCUGGAGGGACGGCGGAAGCUCGUCGAGGUGGAUGAGCGUGUUGAGCGGGCGAGGAGCGAGGUUGUGACUUGUUUGCGGUUGCACGACAGACGGCCGUUGGAUUGUUGGAAGGAGGUUGAGGGGUUCAAGAGGGAGGUCGCCCGGCUUGAGGAGGCAUUUGUGGACCGUGUUGUCGGUUGA